UCCAAUCCAUUUUUUCAGCAUGAAAAUAUCAAAUAUUUCAAUUUGUCCAUUAUGGUACAAUGUUGCCUCGAGGCAACAAACUUAAAAAUAGUAGGAAAAAAAACCCACAACAUUUUUUCCCUCAGUAUCAUAAUGCGUAUUAUUUUGUCCUCACGAUUGCGUUUCUGAGCAAGGCUAGACAGAUAGUGAACAAAAACUCCAAUAAAACCGUUUUCUUGAACAGAGUGGCUGUAGUGAUGGUCGUUUCUGUAAAACUGAAAAUACAGUACAAAUAUUGUGUCAAUAUACUGCACAUGUAAAGCAUACACACAUGAAAUGAAACUGUAAAUAGUUAAAUGUAUGAUGUACAUUAAUAGCUUGAGAAAAAAAUAUGAAUUAAACUACUUUUUAAAUCCUUAUGAAUUGUAACCCUAUGUAUUCACAUGUAACAUUGCUGUAUAACAGUCUUACACACAUUUAUUCAGCAGCUAAACAACUCAGGAAAGUGUCAGUACUCUGUAGUACACAUACAACAUGACACAAUGCUUCAGUGUUAGCUAUUUAGCAGUUAGCAAAACAGAUCUCCGUGUUUACUCACAACUGGAGGCUUAAUGUAAUCUUCAUAAACAGAAAUAUCUCUUCAUAAAAAUACAUUCAAACAAUAUAUGACAUGUUACUUACGGACAUAUCAACUCCAAGGUAUAAACGUAAGGAGGUAACUGAGCUGCAUGCACACUGGAGUCUGUUCUGUGUAAAUUAAACUAAACUGAGGGUGAAAAUGAAACUUAAGAAAACACAAGCGAUACACAAAGUGUCCACCAGGUUGGCGGUAAAAUGCCAGUAAGGCUGUUUGUACAGGAAUCAGAAUACGUAUCAUAGAGGGUUAAAGUCUCCUGGUUUCCACUGAGGUCUGCUGAGAGUCAGAGAGUCUUGUACUAUAUAGUCUCUGACUCAGACUGUUAGUUUACUCGCAUAUGCAGAGGGACCUGGUCAGUAUCUUUCUACUACGAUUUCAAUCUGACUGUUUGAAUUGUUCACUGUAAAACUUUCUUCUCACUUUAUUAAUUUACACUUGUUAUACAAAUGUGUUGAACAAUGGUUUCAUUGACUGCAUUCUUCAUGAAUAAUGAAUUCAAUAGAACAUAUCUAACUCUGGAUGGGUUUGUUCAAGUCCAUAAAUACAGAUAUCUGUAUUUUGUGAUCAUAUUGACACUGUACAUUCUUAUAAUCAUCUUUAAUUUCACCAUUGUGUAUCUUAUAUGGACUCAUAGAAACCUUCAUGAGCCGAUGUAUAUUUUCAUUGCAGCUCUGUUACUGAACUCUGUUCUAUUCAGCACUAAUGUUUACCCAAAGCUUUUGGUUGACUUUUUAUCUGAGAAACAAAUUGUAUCAUAUUCAGCAUGUCUUUGUCAGUCAAUACUUUUUUAUGCUAUAGGUGGUUCAGAGUUUCUACUGUUGUCAGCCAUGGCCUAUGAUAGAUAUGUGUCCAUAUGUAAACCUCUGUUAUAUCCAACCAUUAUGACAAAAACAACUGUUAUAUAUCUUCUUGUUCUUGCUUGGCUUCUUCCUCCUCUUGUACUUUUGGGGUCUGCCAUACACUAUUCUCGUAGAAAGGUCUGUGAUUUUUCUUUGGCAGGACUUUUUUGUAACAAUUCAAUUGUAAACCUUCUUUGUGUAAAAACAAGACUUAUGUUGAUAAUUAGUUUUUUUAUUAUGUGUAAUCUUUUAGUUCUACCUGUGAUCUUCAUACUCUUUACAUAUACCAGGAUAUUUCUGAUAUCCUAUCAUAGCUGUAAAGAAGUCAGGAAGAAAGCUGCAGAGACCUGUUUGCCCCACUUGAUGGUUUUGUUAAGCUUUACCUGUUUGUACGUGUUUGAUAUCAUCAUAAUAAGAGUUGAUUCUGAUUUUCCAAAAACAGCCCGAUUUGUAAUGACUUUACAAGUAAUUUUGUAUCAUCCUCUCUUUAACCCAAUCAUGUAUGGCCUAAGAAUGAAGGAAAUUUAUAAACACCUCAAGAGGUUGUUCUGGUAAGACAAACUGUAAAACGUGUUGAAUAGCACUGUAUUUUGCAUUUAUUUGUUUAUAUACCGUAUAUAUAUAUUUAUAAUGCUUAUGCCUCCGGGCCACUGGUUUUCAAAGAUCACUGGCCCAGCCAUUGUAACCGCAGGGCGCUGGCCCAGGAACUCUACUUUUUAUUCGAAAAAUAACAGUCACCAAUUUACUCUUGAACCAUUCUGAUGCAAAAGUAAAUUACAACUUUUAUUUCAUUAAUU